UUACAUUUAUCAGCUUUCAACUCAAUAUAUAAGGAUCGAAAAAGGGCAAGAAGCAAUAGUCACCGGUUUGCUUCAAGUUAGAAACACAACGUUGUAAAAAUGAAAGUUCUCAUCCUUUGCUUGGUGCUGGUAGUGGCGAUCUACGCCGCCCCCAACCAACACUACGGUGGUGGUGGUGGUGGUCAGCAAGGACACGGUCAACACGGUCAGCAUGGUCAAGGUGGCUAUGGAGGAAAUCUCCACACCAGUGGAAAUCCAGGCCGUGGUGGACAAAUUGGAGGAUACCCAGGAACCCAUCACACCGGAACUGGAGGAACUGGAGCUCAUCAUGGUAACAUUGGCGGCCAAGCAGGAACACACCGUGGCGGAUACCAAACCCAUGGCUAUUAAUUUCUGUAUGUGUUUCUAAAUAAACUGUAAAAAAUCGAAA